UCUUGUAUACAUGUGUGCCAAACCAGGGUCACCUUUCCUGUUUGUCGCCUUUAGACUCUUUUCAGGGAAAUUAGCUUCAUGUGUUAGAGCGGAGUUGGUGUUAGUCGGUCUUCGGCAGCUCGUGUCUCCACUUCACCCGUCUGCUAACCAAAUAUACAGCGACAGAUGACUGUGACAGGCAGGGUGUUGGUAGCUGCUCGGUGAUAAGAGAUAACUGGGUGAAGGCGGCUGUCACGCGCAGAUAAAACGGACAAUAACGGUCUAGAUUCGACAAUGAAGCGGGAACAGCUCGGCUAUGGAUACAGUCUGUUGACCUAACAGCUGGGGUACUAAAAUGCUUCUCUGAGUGGACUCAACAAGAAACACCUCGAUUCAAUCAACCACCGACGGGGGGGAAAAAAACUAUAUUUCUUCUACUUUUUGUCAAAUUUAUCUCGUAUCUUAUCAAGAGCUGACAGCCAGGACGAUGCGGCUUUUAAUUCGCAUGUCAAGAUGUACACAUGGUGGGCAUUUGCACAAACUCAAGCUAGCGCAGCCGAGGGUGUUAUGGCUGGAGCAGCGUCUGACCCUCUCAUCCGCCCUCCGGAGGAAGAGACAGUCGACCGGGAUCAAGUCGUCAGUCCACCCUGCCUUGUCCCUCUCCUCACCCAGGCCCUUCGUGUCUGUCCUGCCUUGCGGUCCCCUCAGGUGUCUCUCUGCACUGUGUUCACACUCACCGACAGGCCGCGCACGGACGCUCACACACACACCUGCUGCCUUUGCGAGCUCUUCAGCAGCCUCCACACCUACACCAGCCGGAUCAGUGAAGACCCAGACUGACGCGGAGAGAGGCCAAACGGUCCCCCUGGAGGAUGUUAAAAGGAUUUUGCAACUUGCUCACCCGGAGAGAUGGAGACUGGCAGCUGCUGUUGGCUUCCUAACCAUCUCCAGUGCUGUAACUAUGUCAGCUCCAUUCCUCCUGGGUAAAGUGAUCGACACCAUUUACACCACUGGAACAGACACAGAGACAAUGACGUCCUCCCUGACAUCGUUGUGUAUCGUGUUGACUGGAAUGUUCCUGUGUGGUGGGGCAGCCAAUGCUGCCAGAGUCUACCUCAUGCAGACCUCAGGCCAAAAGAUUGUCCGUAAUCUCCGUGCCUCUGUCUUCUCCUCUAUCCUCAGACAAGAAGUGGCAUUUUUUGACAGGAAUAGGACCGGCGAGCUCAUCAACCGCCUCUCUGCUGACACGACUGUGGUGGGCCGUUCCAUCACUGACAACCUGUCAGACGGGCUGAGAGCUGUCGCCCAGGCAGCAGCUGGUGUCAGUAUGAUGUUCUACGUGUCCCCCAGUCUUGCAAGCUUUGUGUUGCUGAUUGUUCCUCCUGUGGCUUGUCUUGCUGUAGUAUAUGGCAGAUACCUUCGCUCCAUCUCUAAACGCACACAGGACGCACUUGCACAAGCCACACAGUUGGCUGAGGAACGUAUCAGCAACAUGCGAACAGUGAGGGCUUUUGGUAAAGAGCUGUUAGAAGUCAACGCAUACAGACAGAUGACAGACCAGGUCUUCAGUCUGGCCAAGAUAGAGGCUUUACUACGAGCUGGCUUCUUUGGAGUGACUGGUCUCAGUGGUAACAUCAUGGUCCUGUCAGUACUAUACAAGGGAGGCCUUCUGAUGGCCAGCCAGCACAUGACUGUGGGAGAACUCUCAUCAUUCCUCUUGUACACCUUCUGGGUGGGCUUCAGUAUUGCAGGUCUGAGUUCAUUCUACUCUGAGCUAAUGAAGGGAUUUGGAGCAGGAGCCAGACUGUGGGAGCUGCUGGACAGAAAGCCCGAGUUUCCUCUAAAUGAAGGCCUAGUGCUUCCUCCAGACCAGCUGAAGGGUCAGCUGGAGUUCCGUGAUGUAUCCUUUGCCUACCCGACCCGUAAGGAUGCUUCUAUUUUCCAGAAUCUCAGUCUGCUGGUCCCAGCUGGUACCAUCAUGGCUGUGGUGGGACCCAGUGGGUCUGGAAAAUCAACCCUGGUCUCACUUCUGCUCAGGCUGUACGACACUGACGCCGGUGUCAUCACUAUAGACGGUCAUGACAUCAAAGAUCUGAAUCCCAAUUGGCUCAGGAGUCACACUGGGACUGUCAGCCAGGAGCCCGUGCUGUUUUCUUGCUCUAUAAGAGAUAAUAUUGCGUACGGUGCAGUGGACCCAGACGCUGUGACCACAGAGGACAUCUACAGGGCAGCCAAAGUGGCCAACGCCUAUAAUUUCAUCCAGGCUUUUCCUAAGGGCUUUGACACUGUAGUGGGGGAGAAAGGAGUGCUGUUGUCGGGUGGUCAGAAGCAAAGGAUAGCCAUCGCCAGGGCUCUACUUAAGAAUCCUAAAAUCCUGCUUUUAGAUGAGGCUACUAGUGCAUUGGAUGCUGAGAAUGAGUACCUGGUCCAGGAAGCCUUGGAGCGUCUGAUGGAGGGGAGGACAGUCGUGAUCAUCGCUCACCGUCUAUCCACCAUCCAGAAUGCAAACGCUGUCGCUGUGCUGGACCAGCAGCGUAUAGCCGAGUGUGGCCAGCACACAGAGCUGCUAGGCAACAGGCAAGGACUGUUCAGAAAACUGAUGGAGAAACAGGCCUUUCUGCAAGAAGAACAGAAACAGGCACUUCGCUGAGAGGAUAACGAAGAGGGAGAAAUUGUGAGGUGAGGUUAGUUGCUGGAAAAACCUGGCUUUGCUCCAGACUUGUAGCUGGGGGCAAAGGGGAAAAAAUGGUAUUGCCUGAAAUUGGUAGAGAUAAGAUAGAAGCUGAAGAGGAGCCUGGAAAGCUACUAGGAAAUGUGAUGGGAGUGUUGUUUCACUGCUGAAAGGAAACAGACAGGGUGAUCCACAGUGAGGGCAUAAGAACUGACACAUGGAUCAGAGUUCCUAGAGAUGCUUUAUUUUGAAAAUAUCAAUUUCACCACUGACAGAAGAGGACAGAGUAUGAGGCUGAGAGUGAAAAAGACACACGAAGCUCAUACACAACAUGUCAUUUAUUGAAUCACUGUAGCUACCAUAGGCUUGGGAAAAUUCUGUGUUAAAUAGUUCAUGCAUACAGGAGAAAUGUGACCGUAUGAAUCUGGCGUGACAGACCUCUUUCAUUCCCUGCUAUGGGAUACUAGUCUGUUCUCACUUCAUGAUUUUCAUAGCCAAACCAAAAAAAGUCCAGUAUGAUGUAUACAGAACAGCAAAAUAUGUACGUGUUUAUGAAUUUGUGUCUAUUUAUUAUUGAGUUUUUAAACUUGAAGCUUAACAUGAGAGCCUUUUUAUAGUGAUUUUAGAGUUUAAACAAGCCAAAUGAAGCAGCUAUUGUGUUGUCUACACUGUGUCGUGAAGCAGGUCUGUACACUGUUCUGACAUAUCUAAGGAAGGAUGUAGAGUAACAUAUGCACAUUUUUCAUGAAACAUAUUAGUGAUUGAAGUCACAGCUGAGGUGCUACACAUCGAAAAAAACAUGAUUUCACUUCGCCCUCUAGUUUUUCUUGCUUUGGAUUUAAUUGGCAACCCUGAAACUGCUUAAAUCUUCCAUCUUUGUGUCUAACAAAAUAAAAUGUGCACAGUUUUCUUGGGAAGGGUGAUUGAGGCGUGGCUGAUGUUCUGCUGCUGUCAGGUAUUAAGGGUACAGGAGACGUGUCAUGAUCACCCCUCAUUGUCUAAAACCCAUGAUUCCUUCAUCUUUUUAUCUUUAAAAUCUGGCAUAGUGCAAAUCAGUUUGUAAUCUAUCACUACUUUUGUUGUCUAUAAAUGGUGGAAAACAUGUGGGUGUGCAACAUUUUGGACUGUAUACUGUUUACAGCUGUGUCCGUCAGUCUGUGACAUGACUGUCCCCUCCAUGCUGUGUGCACUGGUAGGUGUUUACAUGAUAUGCAAUUGGCCCACAUUAAAUUCUAUAUAAACAGCUCUAAAAACUACGUAUAUGUUAGCCACAGAGCUGGGGAGCCCGCUAAAUAUUAUAGCUGGCUUGGAGGGCCUGACUAAGAGACUAAGCUGACUCUCCUCAGUAAAUAUUUGGAUGGUAAAUGUCAACUUCACUGCUCUGGGGGAGUCUAGACAUCGUUGUUAAGCCAGACAUGCAGAUGCCUUCAGCUUGAAUUCCACACAGCUGUAAAGGCAAAAUUGGUCAUGAGAAACGACUUAAGUCAUCAUCUUUAUUUGCAAAUACCUUCCCGAGUUUUGGAACAUUAGGACAAAAAUCCUUGUUUGCUCAGGUCUGUGUGGUGUAGCACACAGUUUUGACUGUGUGCUAGUUAAAGUGCAUUUCACAUCAUUUUACAACAAGGAAUCAUUUUAUUUAUGGUCAGACAGGCUUGAUGAACUACAGAUCAAACUGUGGUUGUAUGAUUUUUAUCAUGGUUCAGACAUUUGGCAGAUAUCUGAUGAGAAGCUCCGCGCAACAAGCAAGACUAAUGAACUGUACCGAAUAUACAUGUACAAAUAUAUGAUCACAUAUUCAACUUAGUCUCUAAUCUAUAAAGUCAAAAAUACAUUCCUAAAUUUCUGUUGAUCUAAAACAGAAGUCAGACAGUAUGGUGAAGUAGCGCUGUGUCACAUUAAUUGGAUCUAAUAAUUGCUUUUGACUGAAAUGACAAGCCUUCAAACUUGUGUGCUUUUCUCAGAGGUUUAUGCUAGAUUUUUUUAUUUGUAUUUUUCUUUUUUUUUUUAUGGGUUAGAAACUUGAAUUAAUGUGAAUGUGACUUUUCGUUUACGAUUUGAAGUCAGAGAUGCGUAGGGAUUCCUAAAACGGAAGAAUCUGUCUUAUAUUUAUACAUAUUUUAAUGAGGGGCAGUGUCAGGAUGAACUGAUACAACACUGAUUGCUGGUAAUUGGCCAUUUGAAUAGCCGACUAAUGUUGUCUAUGUACGAUAGUAAUCACAUUCUGCUUAUAUACAUGUUGGGGUUUUAUAUAUUUAUUACAUUGUGUAGACUGUAUGGCAGCAGUGUAUUGGCUCUGUUGUCUGUUUCAGUCAACAUAUUUUCUUGUUAUUUCACCCAAAAGGGAAGUGGUACUGGGCUCACUACAGAUUUAAUUUCUUUACAUCAUGUCAAAGUUACAUUUUACUUCAAAAUGAUGCUGCGAGCAUCGUCUCUGAACAGCACAUGUCCAGACUUGUGAUGUGUUUCCAUUGGAAGUCAGUUGGUAAUCUUACCAAACCCUGCCCAUUCAAAUGAAAUGUAUGUAAUAUAACAAAUCACAGAAGACUGCUGGGAGUUCUUUUUUAACUUGUAUGGUAUAAAUAAUAUGACCUAAAUGAUGUAUGAUAGAUUUUUAAUUAUUUUUGUGGUUGAUAAAUUAUUCUACUUCUAUAUAAACAUUAAUAAAGUGAAAUAUUCAUCGGUUUUA